UAGAAAAUGGCAGAAAAUACUGAAAGCUUCCUGAGCUGCCAUCUUUGUUCAGACACUUUCAGAGAUCCUGUGUCUCUGAGCUGCAACCACAGCUUCUGUUCAAACUGCCUGCAUGAAUUCUGGGAACAAACUGGAAACAAGAUCUGUCCCAUCUGUAAAAGAAGAACUUCCAAGGAUUUUCCAAUAAGCUUCAAUCUGCAGGAAAGAUUUGAUCAAAGUUCAGAGGAGGCAAAUUUCCUACAGAUAAAUCUCACCUUAAAGGAACUGGCUGAUUCUCUUACUGCAAGACAGAAAUCUGGAUCAUUAGAGACAGAAAAAGGAGAAAAGCAGCAGUUGAUGGUCUGCAGGAAACACCAAGAAGACCCUAAGCUGUUCUGUAAAGACGAGCAGAGAGCUGUGUGUCCUGUCUGUGAGUUUUCUCUCCACCAGAGUCACAAAGUGGUUCCUAUAGAACAAGCAGUCAGUGAGCUGAAGGAGCAGCUGAAAUCUGACUUAAAGUCUCUGCAGGACAAGAGGAACAAACACGAACAAGUGGAGAAAACAUACGAUGAUGUGAUUCAACACUCCAAGAAGCAGGUGUUGUCCACCGAGAGACAGAUCAGAGCAGAGUUCAACAAGCUCCACCAGUUCCUGAGAGAGGAAGAGGAGUCCAGACUGGCAGCUCUGAGGGAGGAAGAGGAGCAGAAGAAGAAGACUAUCAGCAGAAAGAUGAAGAGGAUUGAGGAUCAGAUCUCCUCUCUGUCAGACAGCAUCUCUGCUGUUGAAGAAGAGCUGCAGAAAGACAACGUGUCGUUCCUCAGAAGUUAUGAAGCCACUCAGAGCAGAGCCAGAGGUCAGAGGUCACUGCCAGAUCCACAGCUGGUCUCAGGAGCUCUGAUAGAUGUGGCCAAACACCUGGGCAACCUGUCCUUCAGAGUCUGGGAGAAGAUGAAGGUCAAGGUGAAGUUCAGCCCCGUCGUUCUGGACCCAAACACUGCAAGUGGACGACUCCAUCUGUCUGAUGAUCUGACUAAUGUGAGACAUGGAGACAAAGAGCUGCAGCUUCCUGAUAAUCCAGAGAGAAACACUAAAUACUGGAAUGUUUUUGGUUCUGAAGGCUUCAGUUCAGGGAAACACAGCUGGGAUGUGGAGGUGGGAGAUCAUCCUCAGUGGGCUGUUGGUUUGGCUAAAGAAUCUGUUGACAGGAAGGCACAGAUACGUACUUCACCAAAAUAUGGAAUCUGGUGUUUACUGCAACGUGGUGGAAAAUACACUAAUUGUGAUGGUAAAACUCUCACAGUGAAGAAAAGUCUCCAGAGGAUCAGAGUCCAGCUGGACUAUGACAUGGGGGACGUGUCCUUCUACGACUCUGAAGACAUGACUCUCAUCUGCACUCACAGAGACACUUUCACUGAGAAACUCUUCCCGUACUUUAAUGUUGGAAGAUUUGCUGAUUCCAAAACAUCUGAUGUCAAAAUUUGUCAAACCAAAAUUUCCUUUUUAAAUUCUGAAUGUUUUUAUUUGCAGUCAGAAUAGCUUUCUCUAUUAUAUCAUUAU